UGUGUGUGUGUGUGUGUGUGUGCGUGUGUGUGUACAGUUGAGUCUAUGUGUGUGUCCUAGACGGUGCUUAUAUAACGAUGUGUGUCUGCGACAGUGAACUUGUGCAUUGAUUAAAGAAGAGAGAGAAAUAUACAGAAAGUCAAGUGUUCACACACCAGUUUGUACGUGUGUGCUCUUAUUUGAGAGUGCAUCCCUUGGCUUUUUCUCCCCCCAUCGAAUACCAUUGAGGAGUUUUUGUAGGGGAACAAAGUGAUGUUAAGCCUCGCCCCCCGCUCCGUCUGCCUUAUUGAGAAGCAACAUUGGUAAAAGGCCUCGUGUGGUUCACAUAGCAAACACACACAUACUGUAUACACACACAAGUAUGGAACUCAUAGCACUAGAAUACAAACCCUGAGAUGUGUGGCAUGGGACAGUAGAGAGUGACAGGAUGGGAUCAUUUCUUAAACAAAUGGCCCCUUGUGUAAAGUCUCACACUGCACGGCAGUUUUAUAUACAGCUUGUUUCAGCACUUCAUUAAAAUGCAAUGAUGUUACACAGAGGUAAACAUUUAAACCAGAGACCUACGAUGCUUUAUCAUAUGAUCCAGCUCAAAUAUUCUCAUGUCUUUUUGUCUCAUGUCAAAACUGUAGUGCGGUAACUGCUAACCGUGUAGUGCUUUAAUUAAACCUUCAUUUUAUGACCUUAAUCUUAACCUAUUGUGAUUAUUAACAGUAAUUCUGUUAUCAUGGCCAUGUAAAUAUACUUUACUAUUUACUAGAUUCUAGACUGCUCUCUUUCUCUGUCGUCUCUUUUUCUCCCCUCCACCAUCAUGCUAUGUCUUCUCCAUCUCCUCCCCUCCUUACUUCCCUCCCCCUCAGCCAUCUCUUCCCCCGGGGGGAGUUAUCAAUGCAGCCGGGGUCAUUAAUUAGCACUGCGAACACAGUGACAAGUAUUACAUUGUUACAAAUUGGUUAAUUACGCCAAGCAUGAGUGUGUGAGAGAAAAGAGAGGGUUGGUGUGGCCUCCACAGGUUUGUAGGUGAGCCGGGCCGCAGCAGUGUGCCUGAGGAGGAAUGUGUGUGAACCGAUGGAGGAAACCAGUUAUCGAUCGGCCUGCCAGCCUCGCAGCAGCUGAGGAAACAAGCGGACGCCAGCUGAUUUAUGGGGCGACCACAGAAAUGUACUGCGGACAGCCUGGCGGAGAAAGAGCGCCAACUCAUGGGCAUGAUUGGCCAGUUGAGCAGCCUGAGGGAGCAGCUCCUGGCGGCCCACGAGGAGCAGAAGAAGCUGGCCACCUCGCAGAUGGAGAAGCAGAGGCAGCAGAUGGAGCUGGCCAAGCAGCAGCAGGACCAGAUUGCCCGGCAACAGCAGCAGCUUCUGCAGCAGCAACACAAAAUCAACCUCCUGCAGCAACAAAUCCAGGACAUACGAAACACACAAGCCACCUUUGAACUGAUAAGCCUUUUGUCUAAACAGGUCCAAGGCCAGCUCCCCCCACUGAUGAUUCCCGUCUUCCCCCCGGACCAGAGGACCCUGGCGGCGGCGGCGGCGGCCCAGCAGGGCUUCCUGAUGCCCCCUGGCUUCAACUACAAGCCUGGCUGCAGUGACCCCUACCCUCUCCAGCUCAUCCCCACAACCAUGGCUGCUGCUGCUGCCGCCGCUGCCGCCACACCAGGCUUGGGACCCCUACAACUCCAGCAGUUGUAUGCAGCUCAGCUGGCGGCCAUGCAGGUUUCCCCGGGGGCCAAGCAGCACGGAGGCAGCCUGCCACCCCAAGGCAGUAUGGGCACCCACUCCCCCCCCACCAACACACACUCACAGAGCGACAAGGGCCGUAACUCCCCGCUACCAAACAAAAAGGACAGUGAGGGUGCACAGCCACUGAACCUGUCGGCCAAGCCUAAGGCAUCCGAGAGCAAGUCACCCAACUCCCCCCCAACUUCCCCACAGGUCGCUGCAGCCGCUGCCGCCAAGCUGGGCCCUAACAUGAAGCACAGCAUUGCCCCCUCCAGCAUCGGAGGCCCACCCACCAGGGUCAGCUCCAUAGCAGACUUGUUGUCGUCACUGUCCACGACCGCCUACCUGAGCGACCACGAGGCGGUGAGCAAGGCCUUCGCCGAGGCGCGGCAGAUGAAGGAGCAGCUGAAGAGGGAGCAGCAGGUGUUGGACGCCAAGGUGGCCGCCGUCAGCAACCUCAGCCUCAACAACGGACGAUCAGAGAAGGAGAAGGCCGCCCUGGAGAGUCUGAGUCAGCAGCUGAAGCAGCAGGCGGAGGACAAGUUCAGCCACGCCAUGCUGGACUUCACCAUGAGCGGAGACUCUGACGGCUCCCCCAGCGUGUCAGACUCCAGAAUAUUCCGGGAGGCUCGGGGUCGCGGCACUGCCGAGCCGCACAUCAAGAGGCCGAUGAACGCCUUCAUGGUGUGGGCCAAAGACGAGAGGAGAAAGAUCCUGCAGGCCUUCCCCGACAUGCACAACUCUAACAUCAGCAAGAUCCUCGGCUCACGCUGGAAAUCCAUGACUAAUCUGGAGAAGCAGCCGUACUACGAGGAGCAGGCUCGCCUCAGCAAGCAGCAUCUGGAGAAAUACCCCGACUACAAGUACAAGCCGCGGCCCAAACGCACCUGCCUGGUGGACGGCAAGAAGCUGCGCAUCGGCGAGUACAAGGCUAUCAUGAGGUCCCGCAGGCAGGAAAUGAGACAAUACUUCAGUGUUGGGCAGCAAGGCCAAAUACCCUUGUCCUCCGGAGGGGUGGUUUACCCAGGCGCCCUCUCCAUGGCAGGAAUGCCCUCCCCCCAAAUGCCCUCAGAGCACUCAAGCAUGUCCAGCAGCCCAGAGCCAAACGCCACCCACCACCAGAACCCCCACCUGGCUGGCCUGAAGGGGGAGGAGCCACGAAUCAAGCAGGAGGUGCUGCGGCUGGACGACAGCAACGGCAACGGGUACGACGACUUCGAAUACGAGGACGAAGAGGCAGAAUACACCAGCGAUAAUGAGAACCAUAUCACCCAAUAGGACGGCCUGACAGCUGCCUAUUUGUAAGCCAAUCAUAGCUGGUUAUCCCCACACAAUCCCAAACCCACCAAUCAGGAAGAAAACUCUCUCUUUUUGCCAAUCACCUCGAGUCCCAAUCUCACAACACCCACCCCCCUACCCUUCCUGACUAACAUGGACUCUUUAAGAGAGCCAAAUGUUCCCCCCCCCCCACUGGAGUCCUGAUACCAGCAUCUGAUCAAUCAACUGAAGCACAGGACCUGUCACUCACACUGACUGUUACACUAACUGGAGUCUGACGACCGAGCCAGCCUCUGACGCUCGCUGAGGAAUAUUCAAGUACUACUGCAAGGUUCUGAGUGUAAUACCAGGAGUGAGGAGAGAUAUCAUUCACACUCAAAAAGCAACCUUUUAGACCCGUUUGUAGAAAAAAGGAGACAUUUUCAAAUGAAAGACGAAUCAGUGGACCUGUCAAAGGCUAACAGAUGACACUUUAAGAUGGCGGACCUGUUUAUUAUCAAGAGACACUUUUAAAAAGAAACAGCUUUUUUUGUUCUUUGGUUCUAUAAUAUUCUCACUCAGGUACACGGUGCCAAUAAGUGGCUUGUGAAUGUGAUUUGUUGUUUUUGUGCUACAAGUUUGAAUAAUAAUAGGAAAAAAGAGACAUUUCUUUUUUCCCCCUUUUGUUGUAAAGCACCUGAAAGACAUCAGACAUGUUUAUUUUUAACGAGAGCAUAUCUUUUCUUCGACCUCGCAGUGUGCUGUCAGCGGUUCAUCCCUUUUUUCUCUGUGUUUUUUCCCUCUCCCCCCGCAAUCUGGGAAUCCGAUGGGACGGUCCAGCCAGGACUGACCAGUGCAGCAUGGACUGUCCCACUUUAAGAGAUUUUCCGGGGGGGAGAAGGGGAGUUUAGGAGCAGAAACAAAAGCACUGUGUUGUGAGACAAUCCACCAGUUUCUUCUCGCUGCGUCCUUCUAUCUUGAUCGCGUCCGGGGCUAAAAAUUAGAACAACUUAUCUCGAGUGUGUGUCGGUGUGUGAUGUGUGUACUCAUGUAUUGGCCAUUUGCACAUUUGUGUAAAAUUUAAAUUUCAGUGUGAGAAAAAAGGCUUAAAAGGUCUCAGAUACAGAAAGACAGGCUUACACUGCUGCUGUUAUUUACUGUACCACACACACACACACACACACCUGUUGUUCUGCCCCUCAGUGUUUUCCUGCUCCCUCCAAUCAACAUCGUCCUGCUGCCCCCAGUGGGCGGAGCUGAAGCAGCCAGUCAGUGUUUCUGUUUGUAUUUGAAUACUGUAUUUUAUUUUUUUCUCUUCAAACUGCCUCUAGUCUAAUAAUAUUAUUAACAAUAAUUAUAAGGAUGGUCAGCGUUUCCUAAGUUUAGUAAGUUAUGUACAGUAUAAUUUAUUUUUCUCCUCUUUACGACCAUAUGAAACAUGACAGUCAAUGAAACAUUAUUCUAUUUAGCUGGUAGGUAUUUAGCUAAAACAAAAGUUGUCAUUUUUACCUUGCUUUGUUUUGCAUUCUUUUGUCCCCUUUUUUUUUAAUGCAUUUGUUUUGUAUUAAUCCCCCGGGCGGGGGGGCGGGCGUAGUUGCCCCCGACCCCCCUCCGAGCUGAAGACAUAACCUGUUCAUGUCCAAACCCAUUUCUAAAAAGCACUCAGACUUGGAGAAAAAGAAGAACAUGAUUUUUUAUUGUUAUUAUAAUUUGAUUUGUAAUGGUUAUUAUAAUGUAUAAUGUGAAGUUUCCUCUCUUUUUUUGCCUUUUAUUUGAAUAUUUGGGGAAAUCAGUUGUAUCACUUUUGGAAACUGUUUUCUGUGAACAAAGAGUCCCGUCCCCGUUUACUAGUGUUUGUCGCCUCACCGAGACACAGUGGAACACCUUUGGCUUGGAUGCACUCACACACUCACACACAUGCACAAACACAAUCACUCACACACAUUUCAAAUGAAGAGAUUAUCAUGACUACCAAACAAAUCCUAUGCUGUCCUUUUUUUGUGUUUUAUGAAAUCUAGUAUACUAGAUUUAAAAUCUUGUACAUAUAUUUUGUUGGUGUUUUUCUUUAAAUCAUAGGAAAGCAGUGUUUAUCGUGAUCCACCAGAGUGUUCCGCUGUGUGUGAGAGUGUGCGUGUGAGACGACCACACGUAUCUACAGUAUCUUUAAAGUCACUUCUCAUCAGGAGCCCUUCGCUUUGUUUGAGCUCCACGCGAUGCUACAGGAGCCAUGACUACUCUUCAGGUGUGCUGCCACAUAGUGAUCAAUCAUUCUUGCUGUAGAUGUUUUGCUACAUGCCACAUAAUGAGCCUCUGGGUCUUAAUUUGCUGUCACCCCUCUUAUCACACCUUGGUUCUACCCAAUGCUGGAGAAAAGGGGACUCAGUGGAUCAAUCCAUUUUUAGUUUAACAGAGGGGUGGGUGGGGCAUUAGGACGUCAAUCAUCCCUGCUGGCAAGGUCUGACCCCAUAUCAAGACAAUGAAAAUGAUGAUAUUAUUUAAGACAAUCAAAGUCAUGAGUGGAGCUCACAACAAAGUAAGAAUUAUUACAAGUAAAAAAAAAAAUAUCUUACCAUCUCAACUUGAAAAAUCAAGAAAGAUAAUUAUGUAAAUAUAACAUAGAGUUAUAGAUUUAUAUUUUGUUCAUAACACAGUGUAAUAUAAGUUGUAUAUUUCUUUUUUUCUCUCCCUACUGUCUCUUUAUUGAUGUUAUCCAUGCCACGGAAAAGCAGAAGUCGCAGUACUCUCACAAAAAAAUGAAGAAAAAUAUCAAAGAAAUAAAGAAAAACAGGAAGAAGAAAAAAAACAAGCCGUGGGCUGCCACCACCAUCUGUUCUAAGUUCACUUUUUUUCAGUAUUACUGCCAGACAAGGCUCUAAUAAAGACAGCAAUGUGUUGGGUAAAAAACU